AGCCCAUCCAACAACAGAGCCCAACAGCCGCUUCACGCAGCUUCAGUUCGAUUUGGUCGGGUCGCGGCAGCGCACGGCGGGUGAGGCAGCGGCGAGGCGGGGCGGCGGGGCGCCGCGGUUGCCUUUCUCGCUGCUCCUGCAGUCCUGCUCGCUCAGCGCCGGGACCCGGGAGAGGUUAUUAGGGUUUCCUUCUCAUCAACUUUAGCCCCAGCAGCAACACAGCCAGCAGAAGAGGGCGGGCCCGAUGCUGGCCGCCCGGAACCCCCCUCCGCCGCCCCAUGACAUCGCCGCGCGCCUCCACCACCUGCGCGACCUCCGCAGGGUGCCGCUCCCCAACCGCGUCGCGCGCAUCGCCGACCUCCACACCGAUGAGGCCAGCCCCGUGCGCAAGCUUGUUGCCGAGAUCAUCGGUGAGCUUGGGUCAAAACACAUGAGGUAUCUACCUGAUAUGAUCCCUUGUUUGCUGCACCUUCUGAAUGAUGAGACGCCUGCAGUCGUCAGGCAAGCUGUUAAGACAGGAACCAACUUGUUUGCCAAAGUACUCCAAAAGCUAGCUAUCCAGGGUUUAUUCUCCAAUGGAGGGAUUGAUGAUGCACUUAAAUCAUCAUGGGAAUGGCUGCUCAAGUUCAAAUCAGGUGUCUCGCACAUGGCAUUUCAGGCCACCGGCAAUGAAGGUGUCAGGUUACUGGCUAUUAAGUUUGUUGAAAAAACAGUUCUUAUGUACACACCAGAUCCUGAUGUCCCAUCUGAUCCGCCAACUGAAACAACAGAAGAUAUGGCAUUCAAUGUAGCUUGGUUACGAGGAGGUCACCCUUUGCUUAAUGUUGGGGAUCUGGCCAUGGAAGCCAGCCAGAGUCUUGGAUUGUUGCUAGAGCAGCUCAAGUCUCCUAAAGUAAAGUCACUCAGUACUUCCAUGAUCAUUGUCUUCGUUACUAGUCUCUCAGCUAUUGCCCAAAGAAGGCCUUCAUUUUAUGGACGCAUAUUGCCAGUUUUACUUUCCUUGGAUCCAGCAAGUUCUAUUAUUAAAUUGAGAGUCCCGGGCGCAUUCCAUGCCUUGAAGAGUGCCUUCUCUGCAUGCCUGAAAUGCACACAUUCAAGUGCUGAGCCGUGGCGAGCACGCCUAUUGGAAGCUCAAAAUAUUAUCAACCAAGGGGGUUCAAUAGAAGAUGCAGCAAAUGCUGCUAAGAAUUUCGGGGACACUUCAAACAGGGAAGAAUCGUGGCCUCUGAUGGAGAGAAGCACUGACGGUAGUAACAAGCGUAGUCUGGCUGAAGACAUGAAUCAUGUGACAGAGGAUGAUGUCCACUCCACUAAAAGAGCCAGGCAAUCAAUUGAUGCUAAUGAACAUAGUGAAGAGGCAAACAAGACAAAUUUUGAGUCGAUGUCUGUUGAUAUCUCAUCUAGCCAGCCCAGCUCUAUAAGAACUGGGAAUUCAGAAGCUGUGUAUCAAUUAAUUGGUAUGUUUGCUGCACUAGCUGCACAAGGUGACAGAGCAGCUGGAUCACUGCAAAUCCUUUCAUACAGUAUCGCUAGUGACUUACUAGCGGAGGUGGUAAUGGUUAACAUGCAACAUCUCCCAAUCUCUCGUCCUGAAGUUGACCAACAGCAGCUUCCUUCUACGAGCUCUGGAGAUGGACUUCCACUUUCAAGUUUCUCCUCUCUGCUGGGGAUUCUGCUGAAGGGAGCGAACCAAAUUGAUCAAGAUGAAGUGUCUCCAGCUAAAGAACCUGCGCUGGUGUCGUCAGUUGCAGAUGACAGAAUGAUACUUCCUGCUAAUUCACCUGUUCCUAGCUCAGUAAAUCUACCUAUCGAAGAGAACAGUAACAGUCCAACAGUUCCAUUAUGUAUAGAAACAACAGAGGCCAAAGUAACCAGUGCAGGUGGCAAUAGUUCGAUUGAUAUUCCAGAAUCAUCAGAAGCUUCCCAUGCCUCAACAGAGCCCCAGGGAACCCAAGAGCAUGCUAGCACUUUUGCCGGUCCAUUUCCUGCUGAUAAUUUCUCAGUUGGAUUUAGUUUGGCACAAUCGUCAGAAACUCGCAGCCCAAGCUCUUCUACAUUGGAAGCAAACCACUCACAGCUUUCAUCCCUUAGUUCACAAUAUGUUCUUCCAAAGUUGGUUGUCAAUAAUAUUGAUCUCAGUGAUGAGGCCAAAGAUCUCCUUCAAAAAGAGGCGUUUGUGCGGAUUCUUGAGAGUGAUAAGAAAGAAGCAUCUGGUGGUUCAAUUGCUCGCCUUCCGUUGCUUGCUCACCUGGGUGUUGAGUUUCCUCUGGAAUUUGAUCCUUGGGUGAUUCUUCAAAAGCACAUUCUCUCUGAUUAUGCGAAUAAUGAGGGGCACGAGUUGACUAUAUGCAUCCUGAACCGGCUAUAUCAUGAGGCAGAGCAGGAUCACGAUUUCCUUUCAUCUAGAACUGCUACAUCAGUUUACGAAUCCUUUCUUCUAAACAUAGCUGAAAAUCUUCGAGACAUGUUUCCAGCUUCAGAUAAGUCACUUGGCAAAUUGCUUUGUGAGAUACCAUACUUACCAGAAGGUGUGCUGAAACUGCUUGAAAGUUUAUGUUCUCCUGGAAGUAAUGAGAGGCAGGACAAGGAUAUUCAGAGUGGUGAUAGGGUAACUCAAGGUCUCAGUGCUGUCUGGAACCUUAUCAUGCUAAGACCUUCAAAUCGGGACAGAUGUCUGGAGAUUGCUUUGCAGAGUUCAACUCAUCAUCUAGAGGAGGUCCGCAUGAAGGCAAUACGUUUGGUGGCAAAUAAGUUAUUUCCUAUGACAAGCAUUUCCAAAAAGAUUGAAGAUUUUGCAAAUGAAAAACUUAAUUCAGUGCUGGAAAUGACUCCAUCUGGUGAUUGUGUAACUACUGAAAUGGCUACACCUGAAGCACACAAAGAUAUUGGUUUAGAAAACUUAACAGCUUCAGUAACAGGCAUGCAGACUCUGAUGUCUCUAUACUUUGCAUUGUGCACCAAGAAACAUUCCCUUCUCAGACAUGUAUUUGCAAUAUAUGGUAAUCUACCGCAAGCUGCCAAGCAGGCAGUUCAUCAACAAGUACCAAUUCUGAUACGCACUAUAGGCUCCUCCUCUGAUCUUCUUGGAAUCAUCUCAGAUCCACCAGCUGACUGCCGGGACCUCCUCAUGCAGGUUUUACAAACCCUCACUGAUGCUGCGGUUCCAUCUAAAGAUCUGAUUUCUUCCAUAAAGAUCUUAUAUUCUAAAACAAAGGAUGUUGAGUUCCUUUUUGCAAUCUUGGUUCAUCUACCAAAAGAUGAGGUCCUGCCUGUGUUCCCCAGUAUUGUUAAUCUUCCAAUAGACAAGUUUCAAAGUGCCAUUUCCCGAAUCUUGCAGGGAUCACCUCGGAAUGGCCCUUCACUUGAUCCAUCAGAAAUUUUAAUUGCAAUUCAUGUAAUAGCUCCUGAUAAGGAAGGAAUACCACUCAAAAAGGUUAUGGAUGCAUGCUCUUCUUGCUUUGAGCAAAGAACAAUAUUUACCCAGCAAGUUCUGGCAAAAGCACUAAAUCAACUGGUUGAACAGAUUCCUCUUCCUUUGCUAUUCAUGAGGACUGUCAUGCAAGCAAUAGGUGUUUUUCCUGCAUUGGUGGAUUUUGUGAUGGAGAUCAUGUCACGCCUUGUGAGCAAGCAGAUUUGGAAAUAUCCCAAGUUAUGGGUAGGAUUUCUGAAGUGUGCUAUCUUGACAAAACCUCAGUCAUAUGGUGUGUUGCUGCAGUUACCAGCUCCUCAACUUGAGAAUGCCUUGAGUAAGAACCCGACACUGAAGACGCCCUUGGCUGAGCAUGCCGAGCAGCCAAAUAUUCGGUCGACACUUCCAAGGUCUACUUUGGUGGUUCUGGGUCUUGCUGAAGAUCAACCACAGCAACCAGCAGUAACACAGGUGCAGAGCAGCCAAAACCAGGCUGCGGAAACCAGUAGCUCUGCUGCUGAUACGGCUACAGAAGUAACUCAGGAAUCUUCUGGUGCUAGCUAACAUCUUUUAUGCCGAAAUGGGCUAAUGCUUGCAGGUUGUGUACCAUAUGUCUCUUGAGGGUCUAAGAUGUGUUUUUCUGUGUGAUGCGUCUCAUUGGACGGGUGUUAGCUGCUGCAUCUGGACGCCUAAAUGAGAACUAAGUUAUUUAGUUGCUGGGGGUAAUUCUAAUUUUCGGUGGUGCACAGGGACCAUUGUAAAGUAAAGAGGUUAACAUUAUAUAUCAUCCUUAAAUAGGAAAAGGGCAAACAAGUGUUUGUUGAAGCUGUAGCUCAAACAGUCCCUACUUAUUCCAUGAGUUGUUUCAGGCUACCAAGGGGGCUGGCUAUGUCAAGCAACCAAUGCAAUGAUUCGAAAAUUUUAGUGGAGCAGUAAGGAAGGGAAGAGAUUCUAAAUUUAGGGGACUACGUUUUCUUGAUGUAGCCCUAUGAAUUAGACCGCCACAAAUGUGGAGAGCUAUACUUGAUGGACUUGACGUUCUUCAGCAACCCCAAGGGAUGGAGCUUUAUGGCCAACCCCCCCAGAUGUGUUAGUGAAUUAAUAGAAGAUGGUAUAUCUAUGAAAUGGCGACUUGACGUGAUUCAAAAGUACUUAUAUAAUAUGGAUGCUAAGAUAUAUUCCUUUAUAUAUGUCGGCAAGAUGAUUUUUUUUUUGCACGACAUCGUAAAAGAUGUGGUAUAUUCUCUGUUGAAUCUGAUUACAGAAUGCUUGUUUAUAAUCAGAAUCAAAUACAGGAUUGGCUGGAUGGCAGAGUAGAUACUUCAGAUAAUGAAGCCGGUGAAGUUCUUAAAGAAAGGUCAAUGAGUCGAUGAAAGUGGGUUCAAUAUAGGCCAAUUUGAUGAACACAGGCAUUGAAUUAUACUAGAUUAGGCUGCUGAAUAGCGUAAUACCUACAUCCAUUUAGGUGUGUUUUCUUGUUAGCGUGCUAUUGUAAUGUCUAUAUUGUAAUGGGUCUCGACCCACCAAACUUUGUUAUAUUAAUGCACUCCCAAUCUUGAUUAGGAUUAGGGUUUUCAAUA